CCUGCAACACUUCCAGCGGAUCCAGAUUGCCACCGCCAGGGAUAACGAAUGGCUCCACAGUCGCCAAUGCUCGCAGAAGGACGACAGUCUUUGCGUUUUUAUCUAAAGAUCUCCCCGUCCUUGGCAUUGGCUUGGUGUCGUGCACGCGCUAACAGUUUGCUGGAGGAGUGAGCGCUGUUUGUUUAUCCCGCCAGUUGCCCAUGCUGCUCUGCUGCCCGCUAGCAGAGUGCGAGGAGUGGAGCGAGAGGCCUCCGCGCAGGCGCUCUUUAUUGUUUUGACUGAAAAUGCCGUCGGUUUCGAAAACGGCGGCGAGCGCUUCUCCUCAAACCGAGAAACCAACCCACUACACCUAUUUAAAGGAGUUUAGGACAGAGCAAUGCCCCCUGUUCUUGCAGCACAAGUGCACCCAGCACAGACCUUUCACAUGUUUUCACUGGCAUUUCCUAAACCAGCGAAGACGGAGGCCUAUCAGGAGACGGGAUGGGACAUUUAACUACAGUCCAGAUGUGUAUUGUACUAAGUACGAUGAAACUACAGGGAUCUGCCCCGAUGGAGACGAUUGUCCUUACCUACAUCGAACUACCGGUGACACAGAACGAAAAUAUCACCUUCGGUACUAUAAGACAGGCACUUGCAUCCAUGAAACUGAUGCUCGAGGGCACUGCGUCAAAAAUGGACUUCACUGUGCUUUUGCUCAUGGCCCUCAUGACCUCAGGCCUCCUGUGUAUGACAUAAGAGAGAUUCAAGCACAGGAAGCUUUACAAAAUGGGCAGCUUGGUGCAGGAGAAGGUAUUCCCGAUCUUCAACCUGGUGUGUUAGCAAGUCAAGCAAUGAUUGAAAAAACACUCACAGAGGAUCCAAGGUGGCAAGAUACAAACUUUGUCUUGGCAAACUAUAAAACUGAACAGUGCACAAAACCGCCACGCCUGUGUCGCCAGGGAUAUGCCUGUCCUCAUUAUCACAACAGCCGGGAUAGAAGACGAAAUCCUAGAAAAUUUAAAUACAGAUCAACUCCAUGUCCUAGUGUGAAACAUGGAGAUGAAUGGGGUGAGCCUUCUAAGUGUGACAGUGGGGACAACUGCCAGUAUUGCCACUCCCGAACUGAACAGCAAUUUCAUCCUGAGAUUUACAAAUCAACAAAGUGCAAUGAUAUGCGUCAAACUGGCUACUGUCCAAGGGGACCCUUUUGUGCUUUCGCACAUGUGGAAAGAAUCCCUUCCACUGAAGAGUCAGUGAAUUCAUUGCUUACUGUGAUGCAUAGUGGUUCUCAAUCUAAAGCUGGCUCCCAGCACUUUUCUGACUGUGGAGUAAAUGAGUGGGGUAGUAGUUCCACCUCUGGAACUGGUAACAACAACGGACAAACGGGAAAUGUUUCUUGCUCUAGUAGUCCAACUGUUACAUCAAGCUCAGGAAGCAACAGCUCAUUAUCCCCUAUUGGACCCAUCAGCAGGCCCAAAUCCUUUACUAAUGGUAGCUUAUGUUCAGAAUCCGCAACGUCCAAUGUAUCAUCUCCGACAUCUCACUAUCCAAAAGCACCUGGCUUUGAACGCGAGGAUCAGACAAAGAGUCUGAAAAGCCAUUCACUGGACAAUAGUCAAAAACUGAAUGACCAAGACAAACAGAACCUUAUAUGUGUAUUUUCAGUGGCAAACCCACUGGCAUCAAGCAUCACAUCUAGUAUAACUUCCAGCUUAGCAUCUAGUAUUGGAUCAGACAGUUCCUCCCCAACCACGCUCUCAACAAUGAAUGCCAAAGCGACACCUUUUUAUCCUGGCAGCAAUACUGUUGAAUCAGUAAUAGGUUCUGCUCUAGAUCUGAAUUUUAGUGACAUCAACGUAGCAUCACUUGAUAAAGAACUAGAAGAAACAGAAAAUAGCGAUAUUGGAUUAUCAAGUCAGAGAUUGUUGGGAGGUUCUGCUCCUGUAAAUAUACCUGGUUCUCUUGCCCGUUCUUCUUCACUGCACUCUUCAUCUUCUCUGUCGGCGUCUCCACUAAGCUCUUUGUCACAGUCCUUCUCUCAGUCAUUACUUUCUGCUGGAAUGGCCCCACAUCAACAACAGCAGUCACAUCAGACUGGCAUUUCAGAUCAUGGACUUUUAGGCACUUCUGCAUCCUCACAGAACUCCUUAGGUUUAAAUGGUGGUGCGGGCAGCAUUUGGGAUUUUGCAAGUGGAAGCUUCUCUCCUAGUCCAUCACCGGUUUUUAGCAAUGUGACGACAACAACUUCAAACAGCACAGACCUCACAAAACUCAGAAGGGAACUCGAUGAAGCAAAAAGAAAGAUUAAACAAUGGGAGGAUUCCUGGCAGCAAGUUAAACAGGCUUGUGAUGCUUGGCAGAAAGAAGUUCAAGAAGCAAAAGAUCAAGCAAAAUCAGCCGAGGCAGAGCUUCAGAUAGCCAUACAGCAAAAGGAGGAAGCAGAACAUAAGCUAAAGAAACUACAGGAGGACUUUGACACAAUGUGCAGAUCUCCUAAUUUGCCCUUUUUACAGAGUUAUGGAGAUAUCAAUAAACUUCCUUUACCAAAGCUUCACUCCAUUCAGAGCCAGCUGAGAGCUGAUAUAGACCUGAUAGAUGGGGUUAUUUAUCAGCUGCAGUCAAAGAAAUGUAUAGUUUGCCAAAAUCAUGAUCGUUGCAUAGUUCUACAACCAUGCCAGCAUUAUGUACUCUGUGAAAACUGCGCAUCUAGCAAAACAGAAUGUCCUUACUGUAAUUCAAAAAUUUUGAAGUGGUGAUAUAAUGAAAUAUAAGGUACUAUUUCUUGAUAUAGCCCUUUGAAGAACUACUAAUAUAUAUAUAUCUAUAUAUAUGUGUAUAUAUAUAUAUAUAUAAUGCUAAACGUUUAAACAUAGCAUUUUGUGUUUUCAGUAUUGCAACUAGAUUUGAUAAUUUUUUUAAUAUAAUUGAAUAUGUUAGACUGAUACAUUGAUGCCUUCAAUAAGGAUGCUACAUGUUAUGCAAUGUCAAAGAUGUGCAGCAUUUUCUGAAGGAAUUCAUCUUUGACAUAAAGCAUGCUGUUAUGCACUUGGCAGGUUUGGAAUAUUUACACCCAUAACCACUUGCCCCUUUUGUCAUGUGUCCUGCAUGUAGUGAAGAGGUUGAAAUUAAAGCUCUUCCUACACAUGGGCUAGUUUUGCACUUGCUUAUGAUGUUUCCCAUGCAAAACACUCAGCAGAAGGAUACUGCUAAAGCUCAAGUUUAAGACAAAGCGUUUUGCUUGGUAGAAUGCUUUUAUUUUUACGCCUGUUUUAGCUGUCGUCUUCUGCAUUUCCAGAAAGUCUUAGUGGGGAAGGGACUCAUUUUUCCCUUCUCUUCUUUAAUGUUCUACAUUUCAUUUUAUUGGCUUUUGCUCCCAGGUAGUGUAUCAGUCUAACAUGGUUAUCGCUACUAUUUAUGUGAAGAAGGUUCAUUUUCUUGUAAAAGCACUUUGUUAACAUUGGGAUUUGUUAGAGGUUAUAAUAGAAAUUUGCUUUAAGCUGCUUAGGUAGUUUUUUCCCUUAUUUGUUUCUUCUAAAUAUGCUAUAAUGAAGCUUAGUUUGUGUACUGUGAAACAUAAUAGAUUUUUUCAUAUUCAGUUUCUUACUGUUGAAUCAUGGUAUAGUAGAUAUAUUGUUAAAAUUUUCAUAUUCUAAAAAUAGUACUUAUUAAAUGAAUAAUAGUAUUGUUGAACUUGCUUAGGAUUUUUACAUUUUUGAAUUUAAAAUUAAGUGCAAACUUUUAAUGCUUACAAGCAUAACCAGCAGUUAGAAUGAUAUCAUUAAGGCACAUAUGCUAAAGAAUUUAGGAAUUAAAUUGCCAUUUCUAGUUGUUUGUUUUCUUGGAGGAACCAGCUUUUUACUUCUUGCUGCCACAUACAGCACUGUUGCGGUAGUCUGUGGCUAUUUUAUUAAAACUUUGUUUUGUAUAACUCCUAGCAUCUCUAAACUAUUGUGAGUGUAACUGCUACAUGGCCACUCAUUUUAAGUGCCUUGCCUUCAACAAAAUUGAAUUACAGCAUUUAUUGCUAAUGCAAGAUUGUGAUAAAAUGGAUACAGGUGUUUACAAGCUUGUACCAAAUUCUGCAAAAAAAAAAAAAAUCCGAGAUAGUGUAUUUAAUUUGUAACAGACUCAAUAAGGAAAUAUUUUAAUGAUUGAGAAUGUAAGUGGAAGCCAAGUUGUAAACUUCUAGAUCUCAAGCUUAAUCCUGUUACCUUUCUGAAGAGCGUUCAUUAGGCAAUGGUGCAUUGUGACAGUCAUACUAAGUUUUGUAUUUACAGUAUCAAUAAGAAUUAGGAAAAGAAAAUCUGACCAUCUACAGUUUACCUUGUUAGGAGUUUACAAUUCAGGAAAAAAAAAAUCUUUACUGUAUAUGUAAGAACUGGCACUGUUUGUACACUUUUGAUAAAGUGAUGACUGUACUGUCCUAACAGACAAAAUUAAUAGUGUUUAUAUGUAUUAUGUGUUGUCAAAUAUGACCGUGUAAAAUGUUUAGGUUAAACAAAUUUCAAUGACCUACUACUGUGUUCACAACAUGUAUUAGUGUUCAUUUGUUUAUUUUUGUGUGCAUAGAUUUGUCCAUUCAUAUUAACAGCAAAUGGUAUAGCUAAUAUAUAAUGUAACAGCUCAGCUGAAGGGAUUCAGCAGGCUUAGGUGAUUUGAUUUCUUUUUUUAAACAAGAAGUUUAAAGUGAACAAAUGACUGGAAACCUCAGGCAAACAUAUUUAAAUUGCAUAGAGCUAUUUGUUUAGCCAGGUAUGUUUAAUGACUGUUCCAUACCUCUAAAUUAUUUUCAGUUGCCGAUUUUUCUAGCUAGGCCUCUGAAGUAGUGUAGUCCCUUUUAUACCUUGAGAAAUGUGGAGAGCCUGGCAUUUGUAAAGUAUUCUCAAGAACACUCCUGCAAAGAAUAUAGAGGGCGGAUGAUUUGGCCAUUUUAUUGUUUGUUAAUUAUGUAACCAAAGCAGUUAACCCAGUUUCUGUUAUUAGCAUUAUACAGUUUAAUUAAAGGCCGCUCUCUAAACCACGUGUCUUAAUACAGUAUAGCAUAUUUCGUUUUUGGGAAUACGGGCAUGCAGAAUUGUGUGCCCAUUUAAGGGGAAUGUGUCUGCUAUGUAUUUUUGCUGUCAAUGUCAAUGGACAUCUACCCAUUUGUAGUUUUUUGCCAAAGAUCUUUGCUGUUUUACAAUGAUGUUUUCUGUCAUUUUUAACAUUCUUAGACAUUCUGAGCAAGAACUGGCUAGAAAUGACUUUUUUAAAUGACCAAAUUUUAUGUUGUGUUUAAAUUAACUUGUGUAUUUAUAAGAAUAACAAAGUGUGCUAUUAUUUUACUUUGUUUUGUACACAAAGAAGAUACAUAAAGUAUGAUAAGAAGAUGCACAUUCAGUCAGAUGCAAACAGGGCGAUUGAAUUUGUCAGUUCACAUUGAAGUAUUUAGCAAGAAAUUAAAUUUGUGUUCCUAUUCUUAUGAGGCCAUAAGGAUCAAUGAUUAGUUAAGUACUUAUGACAGUACUAUUUAUUGUUUCUUUUUUAUUUUUUGUGCUAAAGUGUCACUUAUUGUAAGCCUUCUAAUCUGUAUUUUGUAUUAAUGGUUGUGCACUGCUGUUUUGUGUUCAGGAGUAACUGUAUUUGAAAAUCCGGGUGCUUUUCUUUCAUUUCCACUGAAUACCCAUUUAAAGCUGCAUUAUCCCCUUUUUUACGAUAUUUUAAUGACAAGAAGAUGAGAGGCCAGUUGCCAAGUUGUUUGUCAAACAUAUUUUCUGCCUUCAGCUAGUAGUUUGGCAAAAUAAAAUUGCUUGUUUUGAAGGUGGAAAUUGUUAGAUGCUGCAGAAAUAGUGCAGUCUUGAAGCAUAGUGAGAUUAUCUUACAGGGCCACAUCUUGUCAUCUUGGGAGAUCUCCACCACCUGGAAAAGAGUAGCAACAGUAGCAGCAUGCUAAACCAGUCAAACACCAAGAAUGCUGACCUUUAUACUUGUAUCUAUGCAUACUUUUAUAUGUUUAAUUUACCAUUACUGAUUGACAUGUACACGCACUUCAUUUUUGGAAACAAUCCCUCCUAAAAACAGUGCCUCAAAACUUAAUUCUGAAAACUUUUCAGUCCAUUCACAUUCUUAUUUUAUUUUGCUCUGGCGGUCUUCAUGCUUUCACAAAGAUCUCAAUAUUUCUGUAAUGAAUUCUAAAAGCUUCCUAAUAGACCCACUUUGAAACGUUUACUGUUGUUUAUAUGAAAGGCUGUACAAGGGGUUGUUUCAGUUGUAAUCCGCUGUUUUUUUAUUUAUGCAAAUGUGUAUCUGCUUUUUAUAGAAAAAUUGUGUAUUUAUUUGAGUAAAUUUAGUGUUUUAUAAAAGAGUUUCAAUGUACACUUGUUCUCUUCUGUUUUGUUGGGUACAGUCAGAGCAACAACUCCAUCGCUAGUCCUAAAUGAAGUUUACUUAAAUGUGUAAUUUUGAGCUGCAUUCCUGAUCUCCACACAGAGCAGACCAUCUCACAUUGUGAAUGGGAUUCUUUUGGAGGUUGUUUAGAGAAAGUAAUUUCUAAGAUUUAUUCAAGAAUGCAAUAAAAACCCUGUGAGCUUGAAAUGCUGCUAUAGGUUGUUAUAUUUAUUUUAUGCAAAAGCCCAGUGGGUUUUGGUGCCUGGAUUUGGUAAGAUUUUAGUUGUUGUAGCUGGGGUUUUAUGGUUGACUACUUAGUAAGAAGGCAACUAGAGAGAAUUAGAAGGAUGCAACUGUAAGUUUCUCUGUUGCACCCUGUUUAUUAUUGUAUUGCACCCUGUUGGCCCAAUUAGAAGAUGUUGGAAAUUAAAAAUACAACACAAUGUAUUAUAUUUCAAAGCACUUCAAAUAAUGUUAAUAAGAGCUUUAAAGAGAAGUCAGUGGAAACCAAAAGAAAGCACCAGUAAUACAUUCUCAGUGUAAGCAGCUUGUAAACUAAAUGUAAUGGAGCUGUUGUAUAAGGUCUGGUCAAUCUGCAUUCACAUAAAUUUGUUUUGUGUUUUUACAUUAUCAUUUUUUCUCUCUCUAUAUAUUAUGUAUUUGGAUUACCUUUAUGCCAUCCCUUAUAAAAAUAAUCUUUUUUCGCUCUAUAUAUAUAUGUAUACAUUGGAUAGAAUUAUUUUAAAACAAAGUAUAUCAAAGCAUAAAUUAUUAAAAUUAAACUUUGUAUUUUUGACAAUGUCUUUCUUGAAAAAUAUCCAAAAAUCCAGGAGCAUCAUGUUCCUGAAAACAAAUGUAUGUAUUAGUAAUCUGGCAUCAUUAAAGCCUGAACAUUGAAUGUACCAUUGUCAAAUUGGAGAAAAGCCACUCUUAAUUGAAGAGUAUAGCAUUGAGUUAUUAAAAUGUAGCAUUAAUUUGUAUUAAAUGGCUAUUCUAUACAGUAUGUGUUUCUAUAAAUGGUAUAAACCGAAACAUAUUGUGAUGGCAGUUCUGUAUCUGCAUCUAUAUCAGCCUGGGGAUAAAAGACAAAAUGGAAAUAUGAUGAUUUUCUCAGGGCUUUACAGUAGAAAUGACUGUAGAAAAAAGAAAGGUGUUAAGUUCUUAUAAAAAUUCCAAACUGCAAUUCUUAGGUUUAUUUGCAUAGAAUAAAAUUGGAAUAGACAUUUAAUGAUAGAAAUGGAAACAUAUCCCGUAUUUUAUUAUGUAUUGGCAUAUAGUUCACAUCCUAAAUAGUAUUUAAAUAUUUCUAGAAAUAUUGUCAGUAUAUUAAUUUUGUGUAUGUGUUGUCAAAUUGAAACCUUAAAAGCAUAUAAUGGGGAUUCUCUUGUGUUUAAUUUAUGAAAGUCUUUGUUUGGUUUAGAAGAAAAGUCUAGAAAGACUGGAGACCUGAAUGGAUUUUUCCUUAAGUAGAAGGUAUUAUUUAUAAUGCAUAAUCAUUUUCUUCUAGUGUAUUGUUUUAAAAUUGUUAACACUUGUUAAAAUUUUUACACUAUAGCAUUUAUGCAAUGGUUUACAGAAUUCAUGGAAUUAUUUUUAUUAUCAUUAUGGGAAUUAAAAUAAUUUUUGAUCUUA